UUAGAAUCGGACCAACCCACGGAAGUAAAAAAAGAAAAAGAACAAGAAAUCCCCUCUUCCUCAUCUCCUCGUCGCUCACGAACCUUCUAGAUUAGGGUUUGCUCCCACCCUCUCUCUCUCACCCUCUCUCUCCCUCCACACCUUCUGGUAAGUCCUGAUCUCUUCCUGUUUUCCUGUUUUCUUCAUUUCCGUUUUUGUCUUCUGGAAACACUUUUAAUCGAUAAAACCCCCCCCUGUUUUCUUACAAAACCCUAGCCGUAAGGCUCAGGAUAAGCCAUGGACGAAAACGAAGGAGACCUGAGCGAUCAGUUCCAUCGGAACGAGGCGAUCUCCGCCGUCGCCGAUGAAGAGGACGACGACUACGAGGAUCUCUAUAACGACGUCAAUGUCGGCGAGGGGUUUCUCCAAUCGUUGCGUGGCAACGAGGAGAUAGGGGCGAGAACUGAGGAGGUCGAUGAGACGGUUGAGACGGUCGAGCCGUCCCUGCCUGAGCCGCCGCUGAAUAAUAAUCAGACGGUGGUCCAGUCGGGUGCAGUGAUACCCGGUGUGGGUAGUGGUGAGGUAGAGAGUGGCGGGGAUAGGGAAGUGGAAAAGGAUGUUGGAGGGGGCGGUGACGGUGGCGAUUCUAGUAGGGUUUUUGGAAAAGAGGGGUUUGAGAAGGUAGGGUUUAGAGGUGAUGAGUUGCCUGUGAGGGGGUCUAGUGGUGGAGGGGUGUUGCCGCCUGUUGGUGGUGGGAUGAGGGUUGAAUUAGGGCAAUCAUUGGAUAAAGUGGGUGAGGUAGAAGAACAGACUGUGAAUGGUAAUAAUAGCGUGGCAGGUCAACGGAUUGGGCAGCAACCUUAUGCUGCUGCUGGUGUGAAAACUGGAGGGAAUAUGGAGAAUGAAGGGAUUGUUAGGCAAGGAGGGAAUGUGAAUGGUGCUGGUGGCGGUGCGUUUGUGAAUGGAAACGGAACUAGGGUUGGGGCUGGGAUUGGAGGCGGAGGAGGAGGGGGAGGGACAAUUCUAUUUGUUGGGGAUUUGCAUUGGUGGACUACGGAUGCUGAGCUUGAGUCGGAGCUUUGCAAGUAUGGACCGGUGAAGGAGGUGAAGUUUUUCGAUGAGAAGGCGAGUGGGAAGUCGAAAGGUUAUUGUCAGGUUGAGUUUUAUGAUUCUGCUGCUGCUACAGCUUGCAAGGAGGGAAUGAAUGGGCACGUGUUUAAUGGGCGUCCGUGUGUUGUUGCAUCUGCCUCGCCAUUUAGUGUAAAAAAAAUGGGAGAAGCCCAGUUAAAUAGGAACCAGCAGGUUGCCCAGGGUGCCCUCGGUCCAGUAAGACGGGGCGUUGGUGAUGGUGUAGGUAGAACUGGGGGCAGCAACACUGCAACUGGUGGGAAUUAUCAAGGUGGAGGUGGAAAUUAUCAAGGUGGCUCUGGGAAUUAUCAAGGUGGAUCUGGCAAUUACCAAGGUGGUGCUGAUAACAACAGAGGAUUUGGGAGAGGAAAUUGGGGGAGAGGCAAUGCUCAAGGGAUGGGAGGUCGGGGGCCACCUGGUCCAAUGAGAAAUAGGCCCACUGGAAUGGCUGGACGUGGUAUCAUCGGAAAUGGUGGAAAUGGAUUUGGGCAGGGGAUUGGUGCGACGCCUCCUUUGUUGCACCAUCAAGCUAUGAUUGGUCAGGGUUUUGAUCCAGCGUUUGGACCUAUGGGGAGAAUGGCGGGUUAUGGAGGGUUUCCUGGUCCAACUCCUCCCUUUUCUGGGAUUUUGUCUUCAUUCCCGCCUGUGGGAGGUGUGGGUUUGCCUGGUGUAGCUCCUCAUGUGAACCCCGCAUUCUUUGGAAGAGGUAUGCCCAUGAAUGGAAUGGGCAUGAUGCCCACAACUGGUGUUGAGGGUCAUAAUAUGGGAAUGUGGUCUGAUCCUAAUAUGGCUGGAUGGGCUGGAGAGGAGCAUGUUGGCAGGGCAGGGGAGUCUAGCUAUGCGGAAGAAGCUGUAUCUGACCAUCAGUAUGGAGAAGUAAGCCAUGAUAGAGGACCCUGGCCUAAUGCUAUGAAGGAAAAAGAUCGUGGCUCAGAAAGGGAUUGGUCUGGGUCUUCCGAUAGAAGGUAUCGAGAAGAUAGAGACCCUGGUUACGAAAGGGACAUGCCUAGGGAGAAAGAUACGGGUCAAGAUCAGGAUUGGUCCGAAAGAAGGCACCGUGAUGACAGAGAUAGAGAGCGUGAUCGUGAUCGUGACCAGUCACGUGACCGUGAACGUUCCCGAGAUCGAGACCGCGAACUAUCCCGAGAACGCGAUCGGGAUCGCGAUCGGGAUCGGCAUCGGGAUGAGAGAGACAGAUAUGUGGAUCAUCACAGGUAUAGGGACCGUGAACCAGAAUAUGAUGAUGAGUGGGAAAGGGGGCGCUCAUCAAGGACACAUGGCAAGUCGCGGUUGCCGCAAGAGGAGGAGCAGCGUUCAAGAUCACGGGAUGCUGACUAUGGAAAGAGGCGACGUCUGGCCUCAGAAUAACUAGUUUGACUCUGCUUCAAUUUCAGGCUUCUAGUCCACCUCUGGGUUUGAGGGGUUCAUUUGAUUCUCCUUGGAGUUGUCAUCUUGGGCAUUGAAUAGCUGUUCUCUGGGAUAUCUUUCAUGGCUUCAAAAUGCGUCAUCUCCUGUUUGCUUCUUUGCAGGGGACAGUUCUUUUGGUGCAUGGAAUGACUUGAAGGAUAUUUGGCGUGGCAAUUCAAGCUGUUCAGCAACCCUUGGUUGUCUUGAAGACAAGGAGCACAUGAACUAAUAUGCUAGAGAUUUAUUCCAUGGCGUUUCCUCAUUGCGGAUCUAGGGGUGGACUUCUUAUCUUAGUUGUUAAGACUUUCUUUCCAUUUCAUGUUUUAGUUAAAUGUCACUAUGAGCAGAACCAAUGUUAUGGAUGAUGGUUAUGGCUAGAACAUGCUGAAGCCUGAGUUGUGGCGGAUUGUUUUAGAAUUUACUGUGUUGAAUGUGAUGUAAUAGGAUUUAACUCUUAAGGAUGUUGCUGAUUCCCCUUUUCUUGUUUGGAGAUUUUGUUGUAUUACUCUUCUUUUGUAUUUAGUUCCCUUUAUUUUAGGGGUUUGGUAUAACCAUGUCGACCACACAAUGUGUUCGUGUACAGUAAGAGAAAUUUAACAGUUUGAAUCCAGAAAAUCGUUUGUAUCCUCAGAA